AUGGCCUCAGUCUUGGAGCUCACCUGCAUCUACUUGGUCCUCAUCCUACAGGACGAUGAGGUGAUGGUCACAGAGGCCCUGCCCAAUGUGAACACCAGGAGCCUCAUCUGCAAUGUAGGGGCUGGUGGACCUGCACCAGCAGGAGGUUCUGCUCCCUCCACCACUGCUGCCCCAGCUGAGAAAGUGGAAGCAAUGAAAAAAGAAUUAGAGUCAUCUGAUGAUGAUAUGGGCUUUUUGUCUUUUUGA